AUGCCAACCCUAAACUCACUCCUCACCAUCGCCAUCCUCUUCUUCCUCCUACCUCUAAACACACUGGCUCUUCCAACCGAUUCACUAGCCACAGCCAUCGACAUCCUCUCCGCCCGCAGCGACAACGACCUCCUCUCCCGCCAAACAGACGACGGCACUGGUCAAAUCGCCUGUAUCCCAACAGACAACCUCCACGCCUGCCAACUGCGCUCAACCCAAUUUCCCAACAAGGACGCUGUUAUCACGGUCUUCGACCCCUGGUGCAACAAGGUUGGCGUUGCUGUUACUACCGUGCAGACUGUUAUGGAUCAAUACGUAGCAGUUCCGAUCUUGGAUUGGGCUGAUGUUGUUGAGGUUACCUGGUGGAUCCCUCUUUGGUCCUGGUCUCCUUCUGGUGUUUACCAAGGAAUGAAGUUUGGCCAGAACGGUCAAACCGAUUUGAAUCAAAAUAUCGGCUGUGAUGAGGGCGUGGUUGACGAGUUUCUGGCUGGCGGCGUUGUUGAUUAUGGAUUUGGUGGCACACUCGUUUCGGACAGACUCAUUCGUUGCAUAAUCUCAUGGCGUUCUCAGGCACUUCUCAGGGAGAACGCAGGGUGGCGUCCUCAGGGACAAUUCAUGCAUGGUAUUUGA